AUGUGGACGCUGGUUAGUCGUGUGCCUGUCUGUUCACACACGGCGGCACCGCCAGGCAUGAGUCAAUUUCGCCUGCCAGAAGAGGGCGUGGCACACAUCGUCUUAGCUCUUGCAUCCAAACACCCUUCCGUGGUACGCGACCCGCCAUUGCCGGGUCUCUUUCGUGAGCUUGGCCGCAUCGUUGUCGGGCUCUUUGGAGUCAAAGUAGAAGCCAUCACAGACACAGUAACUAUAUUGCCUUUCCAACCGCACACGAAAAGCUCAUCUACUGCCCAUUUUCAAUUACAACCACCGAGUGACGGACGCUCAGAAGCAAUCUUCCUGCGCCAUGGCGAUGUGUUGGGAUUUUCAACAGCUGAAACUGAUCUCGUUUGUCAUUGGGCAGACUCGGAGGUUCAGGUCAACUCGUCAGCUGCAGCGAAUGUGAACGGUGUCACUGAAAUACACGAGGAAGAUACCGAAGAUGAAGAUUCGAAGGAGCCCGUUGUUGAUGCAACGUCACUAAAGCAGCCGCAGCCUCAAGCGACGCCUCGGCUCUCGAAUCAAAGAUCGAUUACUAUCGUUAAAGAAACCCCAACUACGGAUCGUGUAGAUCAUACGCCUGCGUUUCGUGAUGCAAACUUCAAUCCGCCAGACUUCGCCAGCGACGUCAACAAGCUAGCCACGUAUACGCCUAAUAUCUCGAAAGACCCCGAAGCAGAGCCAGAGCAAGAAGCAGCGGCCUUCUCGACAGCCCGGACCAGUGGAUCGCAGGACCGUGCGCAGUUAAACCUGCUCUCGAGUGCUAGAGUAUCUUCGCCACGAGGACAGAUUCCAGCCAGAUUAUCCAAGAAGCGCACACUUCCCACAUCACAGGAAGAGGCAUCAGAGGCCGACAAUGAAGCACUUGCUGGGCCUAGUAAGCGCGCAAAGACAGCUGACAGUGAUACCGAAGAUAGCCGGUUGAGUAAUGUCGACGUUGCUAAAGAAGAUUUGUCAACGAUGCCGCCGCGAGCGCAGAAAAGUUCGCAACGAUUUACAUCUACAACAACGGAAGACUAUGACGGCCCAACGCCCCGUGUAGCUUGUAGCAACUCCACCAUUACAAAGACAAGCCAGGUUGUAAAGUUCUUGAAGAAGCAAGGUGGGGCAUAUGUGGAAAACCUAACGGAUGAGUUUAAUCUUCUAUGUGUAAGAGAUGGUGAUCUCCAGAAGACAACAAAGGUACUAUAUGCUAUUGCUUGCGGUAUUCCCAUCGUUACCGAUCAGUGGCUGUAUGAGUCUGCGUCAGCCAAGCGCCUCCUCGCCGUUUCUGCUUUCAAGCCAUCCACUCCUAAGCAAGAGGAGGCGUGGAAGCUGAAACUUGACGACGUCCUCGGGCAACCACAAGCUCCUUUCUUGGAAUACAGUAUCCAUUUCACAAGAAGCCUCAAGGCGAAAUACGCGUCUUUCUCCGAGAUCGAGAUGGUAGGCAAAGCCGCGGGUGCAGAGAACGUAAUCAUUGGUGCGGCGAAGGUGAAGAAGACGGGAAGCAGCAUUGUCCUCGCAGACGACCGAGACGACGCAGAAGCCCACAAACUGAUGAAAGAUGGAGUAACGUGCUAUACGAAAGACUUCUUCACUUUCAGUAUCCUGCGGGGUGUCCUCGAUCUCGAGAGCGACGAGUUUAGGAUCAAAGGAGUCGUCGAGGCCGCCGAGACACCUUUGAAGGAGCCAAUGAAAAAGCGAGCCCGGAAGAGCACCUAA